UCUCGCUCGCUGGGGAUAAAAACACAGACGGAAGAAGAAGCGUCGACACCAACUGAUCCUGCUGCAGUUUGUCUGUGGAUCCACAGACCGUCAGUCCGUCUGCAGACAACAGGCUCCUGCGGUCACUCUCUCUCUCUCUCUCUCUCUCUUUUAUAUAUAUAGAUAUAGAUAUAAAUAUAGUUAUAUAUCUUUUUACCGUGUGAACAGUGUGGAGCCGCCUGCUCGGGCUUUGACGCAGCGAUGCCUUCAGAGAAAACCUUCAAACAAAGAAGGACGUACGAACAGAGAGUAGAAGAUGUCCGACUGAUCCGGGAGCAGCACCCCAACAAGAUCCCUGUGAUCAUCGAGAGGUACAAAGGAGAGAAGCAGCUUCCCAUCCUGGACAAGACCAAGUUCCUGGUGCCGGACCACGUCAACAUGAGCGAACUCAUCAAGAUCAUCAGGAGGCGCCUCCAGCUGAACUCGAACCAGGCCUUCUUCCUGCUGGUGAACGGCCACAGCAUGGUGUCCGUGUCGGCCGCCAUCGCCGAGGUGUACGAGCGGGAGCGGGACCAAGAUGGCUUCCUGUACAUGGUCUACGCCUCCCAGGAGACCUUCGGCUCCGUCGCCGCCUCCCAGUGAACCGCCUCCCUUCUUCUUCCACCUGGCCGGCGAUUGGACAAUUGUAGUUUUUAGCCCCGCCCCCCGUGUCUCUUACUUACACGUUCAUAGUCUCGAGUGUAAGAUCGAAACACAAACGACUAAAUCUAACCACAGCGUCUGAUCCGGUCUGCAGCGAGCAGAGAAACUGGGCGUUAACCUCGGCAGCGUUUUGAGUCACACGGGUCAACCAGAGCAGGAGAAUUAAAGGAGACAUGUGACGCUGGUUCAGUUCCACACAGAAGGUUUAUUUUUGAAUGUUAAAGUCCUGCAGAGUUAGAAAGUCUGUGGUGAAGGAAGCUUCUCUCACACUGAAGCUCCGGGGGAAUUGUGAUGUCACUGUAAUGGCCGGCAUUUGCAUAAUACACGGCCGGCGACUAGUCGGCCACGCCCCUCGGACUACGAGACGGCAAAGUCCUGUAGUGUGACCCCGGCUUUAAAGAGACCGGAGCUAAAACCAGGUGUUUGAGACAGUGGCUGAAGAGAGGAGCUGCAGCGAGGAAAGUAAAACUUUGGAGCUUUUAAACCUUUUUCAAAUCAAACUUAAGAACCUGAACACGAGCGGGAUGUGUCUCCUUUAAGUCGAGCAACCGUCAAGUCCGACCUCGACUCGGACCCAUCAGGUCUUUUACUGUCUCUGCUUCUGUGUCGUCUCCUCUGGUGACUCGUGUGCUGCCCGGCAGUUAUCUCCAGUGUUAUGGUUAUAUGUGUGUGUGUGUGUGUGUGUGUGCACAUAUUUAUGCUAAUGCACACUGGGGGGGGCAUAAGUUUGAAUUUUUAAAGUAGUGAUAUUGAAUGAAAUACAGAGGCCCCACCACUUGUCUACACAUGCGUUAGCCAAUGAACAAAGCUGGAGGUGUUGGGAGACGGGCGGCCGGGACAGGUUUCUGGAUUCACGCUGUUUUUAACGAAGCUUUUUAUCACGGUGUUUGGAAUUCGUAGUCUUGAUUAGAGAGCUUUUUAUUUUGCCGGGGAGAAACCCCCUCGUUCGUUGAAGCUUCCCCGACGUGUGUCUCGUCACAUUCCCUCCAUGCUCCUGCUUCGGUGUUUUUAUCCCCCCCCCCGCCCCCCCGCCGUGUAGCCCAAGUAGCGAGUUCUCAACGGUUUGUUCAGAAUCUGCUUUACUCUUGAAACACAUGAUUGUCGUUUGCAAAUAUAAAAAAAGGAUUGCCUGGGUGUGCAGAUGAUAAUAACUCUGGAUAUUAAACGGGUUCCGCUGCGAGUGUAACCAAGUUGAGUUUGGACCCACUACAAGGAGCAUGUUCUGAUUGCAUGUGUGACUGGAGGAAGAUGGUGUCUCUGUAAAUGCUGAUGAGGCGGGGGGGGUUGCAUCACGUUAAUGUUUCUGCACGUAAUGGAAGAUGUGAUCUAUGAAAGGAGGAAGGUCCUGAAACCCGGGCAGGUUGACGAGUGUCGUGUUCUGAGCGUCCACUGUCUCCUUCUGUCCCUUUGACCUACAGGGGGGACAUCGUCCUUCUGGUCCUUCCACCUGCCCAGUGGGUUGUUAAGGGCUUCACUCUUAAAGAAAACAUUUUAAAUAUCCUGUUGGUCUAUAGUUGAUUUCCUUCAGUGGGAUUCUGUGCUGUUGUGCUUCUCCUCCUCCUCCGCCAUCUUUUUUUUUUUUAAGAAAUCUAAAAUUUAGCUGCUUUUAUAUCGCAGUAUUUUAUCUUUUUUCUUUCUUUUUUUAAUUUAAUGUGAUUUUCAUGUCUUUGCUGUCUCCGGUUUCGUGGCGGUGACUUUUUCUUCCUGACAAGUGAAAGCCACCGAGUGUUUGUAAUGGGGGGGGGGGCCUGCUCCUCCGUUACACGCACGUCCACGAACAGCAAUAUCACAUAGCCUACUAUUGUGUAUUUAUGUUGGUAUUUUGUAAACAAUAAAAGACAGGAAAAAAAUUGAAA